AUGUUUAUAAAAAUUAUUGCUCUCAUCGCCUUCCUAGGCGCCUGCCAAGCCGCAGAACACGCUUACUCAUCACAAAGCAUCGUCCUCCACCAUGACGAUCACCAUGACAAUCACCAUGAUGAUCACCACGACUACUACCACCAUGGUCAUGAUGAACAUCAUGGACUAGGUCAUUACCAUGACAAUGAUGACCACAAAGAACAUCACGGACACGAGUUGCAGCACGAACAUGAGAUUCAUCAUGAACAUGAAGUGCACCAUGGCCACCAUGAGCACAAAGUAGAACACAAAGUUGAGCACAAAGCGGAGCCUAAGAAAGAACAGAAAGUUGAACCCAAAAAAGAACAGAAAGUCGAACACAAAGUCGAGCACAAAGUCGAGCCUAAAAAAGAGCACAAAGUUGAGCAUUCGGUAGAACACAAAGUGGAACACGUAGUGGAACAUAAGAUUGAACACAAAGUCGAACCCAAAAAGGAACACAAAGUUGAGUCCAAGAAAGAACAGAAACCUGAACCCAAGAAGGAACAAAAGGUCGAGUCCAAAAAGGUAGAACAUAAACCAGCUAGAAUUAUCCCUGUGGUUGAGAAACAUGUGGAAGCCCACGUCAAAAUAGUCCCUGUCGCAGCUGCCUCGAAAAUUGUUCCCGUAGCGCACUACGUCCAGAGUGCCCAUAAGCAAGAAUCUCAUGAGGAACACAAGCAUGCUAUCUCUUCGCAACACAUUUCCCGUCACGACGUUCCCGCUCAUCCCCCCAAGGACUUUGACGACCAAUCUGGUCCUGCUAAGUACGAAUUCCAAUACCAGGUGAAAGACCCUCAUACCGGGGACCACAAGUACCAGCACGAGCACCGUGAUGGACACAAAGUGAAGGGAGUGUACAGCUUGCACGAAGCUGAUGGCUCCAUCCGUACUGUGGAAUAUGCGGCUGAUAAGGACGCUGGAUUCUCCGCCGCUGUCAAGCAAACAACAAAGCACAUUGAACACGAACACCAUCAUUAA